AUGCACGGCAAGGCCGACGAGGUGCGCAAGAGUGCACGGCGGGGUACAGGCCCGGAUGCGCCGGUGCCGAGUGCGGAGCAGGUCGCACAGCUGGGGCAGCAGGUCCUCGACCAGCUCCUCCACGCAAAAGACGCGGACGGCGACGCGCUCGCGGAGCCGUUUAUGCGCCUGCCGAGCCGGCGGCAGUACCCCGAGUACUAUGUGGUAAUCAAGAAGCCUGUGACGCUCAGCGAGGUGCGCAAUCGUGUGAAGCAGCAGGAAUACGCGUCGCUCGCGGAUUUUCGCGCGGAUCUCGAGCUGAUGUGCAACAAUGCGAAGCGCUUUAAUAUGAAAGACAGCGACAUUUGGCUCAAGGCGCGCGACCUUCAUGGCAUGAUCAAAGAGGCAACGACCGAUGUCUACGACGCGUGGGCCGCCGAGCAGACCGACAAGCCCAAGCGCGCCGAGAAGCGCGCCGCAGCCGACGACAGCGCCGAUGCCAAGCGCCGCAAGCUCGCCGAGUCGGUCGUGCGCUCGGCCGUGCCGAAAGAAGAGCGCGAGACGCCCAAGGUGCAAAAGAUCACGCUGCGUGCGCCAAAGAGCGAGACGCCCAAGAGCAAAGAGGCCGAGGCGAAGCCGGAAGCGAAGCCCGCGCCCAAAACCGCGGCGCCGGGGGCGCCCGCGACGCCCGCGACGCCCGCGACGCAUGCGACGCCAGCACAGUCAUCGCCUGCGCCUGUAUCGACGCCGAUUGCGCGCGUCGUGCCGCCGUACACCUCGCCGGUCGUUCCCCGCCCCAUCACGACGCCGUACAUUACCGAGCCACGCCGGCGUGGCGCGCCGCGCGGCAAGCGCCUCAAGGUCAUGCUGCGCUGGGCCGUGCAGAGCAUUACUUCGCUCCAGGACGACAGCGGCCGCAAACAUGCAGAAAUGUUUAUGGAGCUGCCGUCGCGGCAGGAUUACCCCGACUACUACCAGUUCAUCCAGCACCCGAUCAGCUUUCACGACAUCGACCGCAAGCUCGACCAGAAAGAGUACAUUAAUCCCCACGCGCUGGUCUCGGACCUGUACCGCAUGCUGAGCAAUGCGCAGUUCUACAACGAGGAGCACUCGGAGGUGUGGGAAGACGCCCAGGUCCUGCGCACGCACCUCGAAAAGGUGAUUAUUCCCGCCCUGCUCGCCGAGGGCUUUACGCUCGAUCCGAACGACCACCGCCAGGCGGCGCUGCCGCCGGGCACGCCGGGCGCCGUGCCGCCGCCGGGCAGCGCGGGCUCCCCGGUGAGCGAGAGCCCGCCGCAGAGCUCGCCGGCGAGCCCGGCGCCGGUCCACGCGCGCCCGAUCGUGCGCGUGGCGAACGUCGCGCCCCAGGCGCCACGCCCGGUCGCGACGCCCCCGGCACGGCCCACGCCGGUGAUUGAGGCGCCACGGCCCCCGGCGCCGCCGGCGCCUGCCGCGCCUGCCGCGCCUGCCGUGACGCUGGAGCAGGUCGUGCAGGGCGUCGAGAACCGGACGUGGCCCACGCACCCUGCCGCGCUCACUGCGCCGGCGGCCGCCACGGCCAAGCCGGCGCACGAGCCGCUGCCGUGCUUUGCGGAGGCCGUGAGCCUGCAGCUGUACGCGGAUCCCGACGCGUCCGAGCUGCUCGCCAACGUCCGCAUCGCGCUCGGCGCCGAUGCGGUGCCGCAGGCGAUCCACCUGCCCCGCCGCACCGCAAGCGCCAUGAUCCGCCUGGUGCUUGGCGAGGAGGAGCAGCGCGCGCUCCGAGUCACGCUCAACCAGCGCGAGGUCGGCGGCGCAUGGCUCGACGGGACAGCGACGUACGCCAUGCACGUCGCGCUCGACGGCACAUCGCACGCGCUCGAGGCGCACACGCUCGAAACAAGCCCAGCCGGGCGCGUAUGUAUCUAUAUGAACAAGUAG